ACAUUUUUAAAAAUAAAACCGUACAACAAUGAACGGCCAAUGGCGGCGGCGAACGUAUUGUCCGCGUUGAACGCGAUCGACGCCACCUUGCGCGACACCACCAAACCGUGGCAAAGCCCGUUCGCCUGGGCCGAGGAACGGAGCGGCAUCAGCCGUCUGAAGAUCUUCCUCGGCAUGGUUUGCGCCGUGUGCAUGUUCCUGAUCACGGACAGCCUGUGCGCGAUGCUGGUGAGCGACCUGCUCGGGUUCGUGUAUCCCGCCUACAUGACCACUGCGCUGAUAAUGCACUCCGCCGGAGAGUUGCCGGCCGGCAGGCCCGCCGACGACCGCGGCGCGUCCGUGUCGCCGACCAACAGAUGGUUUAUGUAUUGGAUAUUGUUAGCCACCGCGUUGACGGUACAGCAGCUGUGCGGUGGCCUGCUGCGGUUGGUGCCGUUCUACUGUUUGGUCAAGACCACGUUUUUCGCGUGGUGCGCCGCGCCGAUCGAGGCUAAUGGGGCCGCGUACGUGUACGUCGUUGUCGUCCGCCGUUUUUUUAGCCACGAACACUAG